AUGAGCGAAUCCAGUGCCAAAUCAAGCCAGCCCCUGGCCUCCAAGGGGGAGAAGGAUGUGUCAGAGAAGAGAGGUCGAGGGCGGCCCAGGAAGAAGCCACAGGAGCCCAGCGAGGCCCCGACCCCCAAGAGACCCCGCGGACGGCCGAAGGGCAGUAAAAACAAGGCGACCCCGAAGGGCAGGAAAGCUGCAGUCACACCAGGGAGGAAACCUCGAGGGCGACCCAAAAAAACG